UUUAGUUAACAUACGAACUGAAACGGACGGACCAUGCAAUUCGUAGAAGACACGUUGCUUGGAUGCUUGAACAACAGCGUUUGGGCGACGUUUUUUCGCAUCGAAUAUUCUUCAGUGAUGAGACACAUUUUUCGCUUGAUGUAUAUGUCAAUAAGCAAGAUUGUCGCAUCUGUCGCAGCAAGUUGUCCACAAGUAACUGGCUAAAAACCGUUACAUUCCUAAACAAUCAGUGCAUGGUAUGGCAUGUAGGUGUGACAAGCCCGUACGUUCUUGAAAAUGGCCAGAGUCCAGGCCAGGCAGCAACUGUCAAUUUUGAUCGCUACAGAAACGUGCAUACGAAGUGUUUUCGGCAUGAAAUUGAAGAUGUGGAUGUUGAGGAUAUGGGAUUCCAAAAGGACGAUUGUGUGGUCAUUUUAUUUUGUGGUCAUUAAGUUUUGUUUUAUCAAUAGACGCAAGUUCCUGGCAAAUACUUUUUCUUUUAUUAUUUCAUUCCUAUUUCAUUAGUUAUCUUAAAGAAAUUUCGUCAAAUUUUCUUCUUCUUUCAGGAUUCUAUGUAAGAAGAAUUCGAUAAGAAUGCCACCUGAUGGCACCUUCGUCUUCUGGUGUUUAUUCUCUAAAGCUUUGCUUGCUAAAUUGUUACUGGCCUGCGGAAAUAUUGGUUUACAUAUAUAGGAACCAGUGAUAAAAAAAAAAAAAUAGUUGAUAAUCAUCUACUGAUUAUCUUCAUGCUAGGCCAAGAAUUCUUUAUUCCACAUUCCAUGUGGG